AUGACGCACGGAAGUGAAAGAGAAGACCACAGUGUUGGACUAGAGCAGCUGGUAAUUAUCGACGAUGACCCCAACGACCCCAUUGAUGACCCAAUGGAUGACGAGCGAUAUUUUCAAAAGCUGUUAGAGGAAGACGAACAGCAGAUAGAAAUGGAGAAAGCACAAGUGGUUGUGAUGUGGUGCUUUGAUAUGUCAACCACUCGCUUCCUAGGAAUUGGAUAUUUUUGUAAAGAACUGCUAUUCUCUUGGGGAACACCGUCCUGGGAGAUUUCCAUCGUGCAGUUUAUAAUGACCUACUCUAGACAUGCACAAUUCUAUGCUGCUACCGUACUCUCUAUCAAUAGAAUGACAGCUGUUUUAGUUCCCGUAGCAUAUAAUGAGAGUUCAGUGACGUUUACAACUUUAUUUGUGGCACUAAUAUGCGCAUUCACUAUUCUUAUAUGUUCUGCAAUCACGUACUUCAAACUCACUUGUAGAAGGAACAGAUUUCGCUGCACUAAGGUGGACAGAGUCUUGCUCGUGGUUGGCUUAACGUCAUCUCUCACGACUUUUACAUUAGCACUGGUUGAGGUGCCGUUGUAUAUCACCAUAAAUUUUGGUACCUUAUCUCGAGACCAUUUUUUCAUUGCUACCAUGUAUCAAGCAGUGUGUCAUUGA